GCCGUGGUAGAGUGUGGUCAUGCUCACAGCGGUACCUUACGGUAGUUACAACUCUAAAGUGAAAACGAUGAAGUGUUAUUCUUCAGUGUAAAAAUUCUCAAGUGAAGAUCAAAUUACGUGAUCAAUUAAAUCUGUUUUUUUGAAAAUAAAAAAUAGUUGGAGAAUUUAAAGUAGAGGAGAAAGAAAAAAGAAACAACAGCGAUCAUGAUGAAUUCAGUUGAAUCUCCCAUGGUCCAGUCGGAUGCGUGCGCGACAGAAUUGCAGCAUUCGCCGAACAUCGUUGAAAAAAAUAAUAAGAAAAACACGAAGAAACCAAUGUUACCAGCGAUAGAUUUAUUUCCCUCGGUUUUUCAUUUUAAUCAUGCAAAUCAACACAAUAUGUCUUCUUUACUUGAUAGUAUGAGAUGCAUUAAAAGUAAUAUAAGUUCCAAUAUUAAUGACUGCUACGAAAAGCCCAUGAAAGCAGCAUUAUUAAAGGAGUCCAUCCAUCAGGCCUUGAGCUGGAUUUUGAUGUCUUAUCGAAAUCUCCCAAAGGAUGAAAAUUCUUCAGCUUAUCUUGAAAGUACGUCGGAUUUAUUAGCAAUGUACAUAGACAUGGAACUGAGAGCGUCUAAAAGAGGACAAGAACAAUUCAGUGCAAUUUCGACUCGACUAAUUUGUUGCCUUUAUACGUACCUUGAUAACUCCACUGAUUAUAUGGUUGAUACUUUAAUCAAAAUUCGACACAUGAGUCAUUUAUUUCAUAUUAUUCUCGAUCCAAUUAUGGCGAAAAUUUUGAAAAAUAUUCCACCAUUGCCAAAAUCGGAAAUAGUUUACGUGAGAUAUUUACUUGGUUUUCGCCUUUGGAAAAUGAUAAACAGUGAUUUAGUUGGAAAGAAACAAAUUCGUCAAACUGCUGUCACUCUAUUGGGUACGGCGCCAACGAAUUUGCCCGAUUUUCUAAUGAAUUACUACGGUUCCGGAUCGCAGAUGAAGUCAACUCUAUUUUUAAUGAAGCACAAAUUUGACGUGAAAGCAUGCUGCGCCGAUUUUAUUAAUUUUUGCAAGAGAGAAGCUGAAAAUUGUUCUCAAUCCGAUGACAAAAUGAAUUGUCACGAACGAGUUCAAGAUCCAGAGCAACAAGUGCCGAAUGAAGUUAUUGCCAAAGAAUCUAGUUCAAUUAAAAAAGUUUGUUCUUUAUCGGAAAAAAUUGUUAACGAUCCUAAAAAUUGCGUUUUAUUAGAUACAUCAAAUAAAUCUAAUCUCUCUAAUGAUUUAAGUAGAAUUUCAAUUAACGAUUCAACACCUAUUUUAAAUAAUAAAUCAAUUAAUAAAUCCAUUAGGCCUUUAACGAAACGAAAAACGAAAAAAUCCACAGACAUUAUCAUAAUAGAUAUAACUAAUGAAUAUUCUGCACCGAAGAUAACAAGAAAGAAGAAUCGAAUAUUAAUACCCUGGUUAGAGAAUAUAAAGAAGCAAAAUUUACAAAGGUUAAAUACAGAGAAGGAAGAGAAGAAGAAUAAGAAAAAGGAAACAAAAUCGCCUGCGAAGGAAAUUCUCAAAUAUUUCCUAUUGGUAACUGAAGACAAGGAGCAAAAGAAAAUUGAAUCAAAUCUUUAUUCAUCAUUUAAUACGUGGGUGGAAUUUAAAGAGGAAAUACCUGCCACGGAUUUUUAUCAAUUUUUUGAUGAAGAAGCAAGUGAAGAGGAUUCUGACGAAAUUAUUGUAUCUUCACCAGAGGAAGGCAUUAGAGACUUAUCCAUAAAAUCAGUAUUAAAUAGUGAUAGAAUUUCUAGUGAUAGUGAAAAUAAUAGUGAGGAAUUAUUAAUGGAUAAUAAUGAAGAAUUAAUUAAAGAAGAAGAAAUUCCCAUUGUUGCGAGGCUCGAUAAUUACAAGACUGAUUUGCAAGCAGAGGCUAAUGUUAUUAAUAAUUCGGAUGUAAAUAAUAUCGAGACAAAUACCGUUUGCGAAGGUAUGUCGACCAUGAUUUUGGAUGAGCGUCAAAAUUCAACUCCACCUGAAUCGUUCAAUCAAUUUACGGAUUUACCAUCGGUUAGAAUUUUUGAUGAACAAACAAAGGACAGUGAAAUUGACGAGAGAAAUCAACCACUUGAUUGUUCGUCAAAAAUUUUGGAAACAUCCAAUAUUGUAGAAUCGAAUUUACAGCAAACAUCUUUUGCUACCAGUGAAAAUUCAAAUGUUUUGAAUUAUCCCGAACGUCCCUCAAAUAUUGUUCAUUCGUCAAAUUAUCUAAAUUCUCCCACAAGUGCUUUUGAGACACCAUCAUCAAAUAUUCACAAUUCGGCAAAUUUUUCCACUAGUUCUCCGUAUUUUAGGGACAAUUUAACAAAUUACUGUGACUCGUCAUUUGGUGAAAAUCAAUCUGUUGUUGACUAUACACUACCAAAGGGGAAAAUAAUUGAAAACUCCCCGAACACUGACAAUUAUUCAUUUCAAGAUUCUCAAUUUCAAGAAAAUGCUGAUGCACUAUCGGUAUUGGCUUCUGUUUGCGCCGCGCAAAAGGGCAAUAAUUCACCUUCGAAAAUUAUUAAAGUGAAGGAUUACGCCCGCUGGAAACCGACAACAACCAGCUAUCCCGAAAUAGACUCCAAGGCUCUCUAUCAAUUCUCUGAUAAUUCUGACGUCAUGAGCAGCCGAGUAGUCAACGUAUAUCCGGAAGAUGCUUUUGACAAAGUGGCCCUUCAAGUUGAAGUUAUAUCAACGAGCGAUGGAUUAACAGACAAUAUGAGUCAAUCAUUUCGCGAAACGCCAAAUGUCAUUCUCAAUGGCGAGACUGUUAUUCUAUUGCAAAAAUCACCGAAUAGUAAUGUUUAUAUCAUCAACAAGGCGAAGGAGAAUAAAAAUAGUGACGACGAGGAGGACGAUGAGAAGUUGCUGCGAAACGAUAACGAAAUUCCCCAGGACACGGAAUCACAACACAAGAAUCUAAACAUAAAAACCGAAGUUGAUGAUCUAAUGCUAAAAACCGAGAAGAAGAAAAAUUGUCGUCAAAACGUCAAACAGGAAUUCACCACCUGCGGUAUUCCGUUGAUUUCUCACGAGCACAAUUCACAACUACCAUUGCACCCAACAACAAUUCCCACCUAUUUUUCCACAAAUCCCGAAAUUCGAAUGCCAUACCACAAACACUGCGGCACUCUGCCAAUAAAUCCAUCCACUGCCGUAAUUCCCCAAAAUUCACUCUGCACUUGUCUAGCCUCGCCCUACGAAGUCAUGACCCACUGUCACUCCCACAUUCAUCCAAACACCGAGGCAAACACCUUCAUCGAAAAUAAUUCCUACUUUCUUCCCAAUCAACAAUCAACCGUCCAAGAGCACGAACGAACAAAAUCAAAUUCCCGAAUUUCCAAUCUCUACGACGAUCAACUAUACUGUAAACACGAGUCAAAAACAAAAGAAGAAGUCAAAUACAAAACAGAAAUUAAAUAUCAACGCGAAAACAAUAGAUUACCCCUUAAAAAAAGAUUGAAACCCUAUGAUAUGUCAAUAAAACUAGAGCGUUAUUCAACAAAUCCAGAAAUCCAAACACAGGGAAUGAUGACACCACCGGAAAUUGGUGCAACUGUCGAACUAACAACAGCCAAGGAAGAUUCAUCAUCGCCCAUUGAAAAUCGUCACUUACUACACUCGCAUCAUUAUCAUCAUCAUCAUCAAUUGGAAAAAAUUCGCGACAAUAAUAAAGAUCAAAGGCGACUUGUCAAUAGUCAAUUGAGUAAUGUGCCAUUGCUCCCACCACCCUCGCAUUAUCACGAAUCAAGUUACCAAAGAGCUGGUGAUAUUAAAACAUCAAAGGCAAAUUCAACAUUAAAGCGCUCGGCAAAUCCUCAGGAAUUGCAACAGCAGCAGCAGCAGCAAUCAUCAAGCAAAAAAGCCCGAAGAUCCACAUCACGACAAACAAGAAGUUCCCAAAGAAAAAUGCCGAAAGUUAAUUACAAUUAUAGUGGAGACGAUGUAGAAUUAUAUCCGUCCUGUUCGAAACGAAAGAGGAAGAGGACUAGUCGAUGAUCAAUACUGCUUCCCAUCAAAAUUCACCGUUGUUGAAGAUAAAAAUUUUUCCCCGUAACAAAAAAAACAUCACUGAUUUUAUCAGGCUGUGGUAUUUUUAAUUUGUAAAUAGUAGCAAAAAAAAAAAGGAUUAACAAAUAAUUGUAAAUACGUCUUUUUAAAAAUUCAUCACUCGAAGAAAACAUCGCACGAAGAAAACAGAAGAUCUUUCGACAACUAUUUUGAAGAUUAUUUUUCAAUAAAUAUUGAAUAAAUAUUUUAUUGAAUAACUCCUACUUUUGAAGAUAAUUGGUUAUGUGAGAUAUUAUUUUGCCUCACCGAGGAAGAGGAUUUCCUUACCGAUUUCGAAUUUAGUUUGUAAAAAGCGAAUUUGACCAAAAAAAAAAAAAUUUUUUUUUUCUUUAUUCGAUGCGGUGUAAAUUAUAUCGGAAUACGUAAAAAACAAAAUAACUUGUGUAUAAAUAGUAAAAUAAAAGUAUCUAUAACAUUCUCGUUUAUAUUUGAAAGUCGAAUAAAAAAAACUAACAUUUUUCGAAAGUCUGAGAAAGAUAUUAAUGAAAUAUUUUGUAAAAAAAAAAGGAAACGAAAGAAGAAGAUAAAAAAUCGAUAAUGUAGUUAAAUAUAUUUAUGCAAUUAGAAAUUAUUUAAAGUUUAAAGAAAUUGAAACGAUUCGUCCAUGCACUUUAGUGGGAGAACAUGUUCUUCCACUGGCAUGAUUUCAAAUUUAAAGGGACGGUAACUCGAGAAAUAAAUAUUAAUUUAUUACAAAUUUAAAAAGUAUCGUCGACGAAUACUUCUCACUGGUCCCACAGACAAAAAGCGACUAAUCGUUAAUCUGGGUUGUUUUACAAAGCUGUUUUAUUCUACUUUAACUUGCUUCAAGAUUUGGACAACUGAAACAAGUUUUAGAAUGAGAUCAGAUUCAGUCAAACUUUUUUAAAGACUGAAAGCCUAUUACCGGGUUUUAAGAAGAUAAGGGGGGAAGGACCUGAAUUUUUAGAGUCUCAGGAAUCGAUUUAAAAAAAGUGAAAGCAAACACUUAUUUUGUGUUCAGAUUAAUUAGAUAUUAAAAACAUGAAGAAUUCCAUGCUAUUCAGUAAAAUGCCGUCAAUAAAACUUGCCAAAUAAAGCAGAUAAUAUCAUACAAUUAGAUAAUUAUAAGCAACCGACUACUUAUGUACGAAAAAAACAAUAGUCCAGUCAAAUAGUUCCGUGUUUAAUAACAAAAAAAAAUGAUUGUAAUUAAUAAAAAAUCAAAAAAAAAAAAAAUAGAUAGCAUGGCUGACUAGUCAUCUUAAAAUUUAAAAAAAAAGAUGUAUUCUUUAAAACAAAAAGCGCUUAUUGAAUGAACAAAUAAUGAUAAUGAGAUCGAUACCAAUUAUGUACAUUCCCUAUAUACAAUUAUUAUUUCUUGCACAACCUAUUGUUUCGAAUAGUUUAGAUAAGAAAAGAAUUUUCUUUUCUGUUAAAAAAAAAACCCUUUUCCACCAUUCCAUUAAUUAUGUGCCAAUCUAAAUAGUAAUAUACUUUAAAAUAGUGACAAAAAUAAAUUUAAAAAAAUCUGUGUUUUUUUUAAUGAAAAGCCGAUUUCAAAAUUUGCUCAGAAAGUAAAUUUUAAAUUAAUUUUAAAAAAAUAUAACGAGAUAUUUUUAGUCAAAUUACAAUUUUCAAUAUAGUCAUAUCCCAAUACCUGAUCUCAAACCUGUGAUGACACUCGAUAGCUCUAGCUGAGAAAUGAAAAAAAAAAAAUGUUUUUAUUUGUACAAAAAAAGAAAAAAAAAUUGUACCUCGCUUAUUGUUUUUUUUUUAAUCUAUCAUUGCCAAAUACGUAAUACAAAAAUCUUUGCAAGAAGUGUGUAUUCCCAAAAAAAAAAUGUUUUCUUUUUCUUCUUCAUUUAAAAAAAGAUCUCUGAUUCAUGUGUAUAAAAAAAAUAAUUCACACUUCAAAAAGUGAAGAUAAAUGAGUGACCUUCCUUUACUCUACGAAUUUAAUAAUUAUAAAAAUUAUUAAAAAUUUUUCUAAAAAUAGACUGCAUUAUUAACAAAUUCUCGUUUUAUUUUCUUCUAAAAACUGAUUUUCUGUUAAUUAAAAGUCUGAUAGAUUUUAAGUUCGUCUAUGUAAAAUUAUUAUUAUUAUUAUUGAAAAAAAUAUAAAAGACUGAUCUACUUUUAUUGGAGCGUGUUAGAAAAUAUUAGUGAAAAAAAAAUAAUGAUAAUUAAAUAUAUAGUCUAUAAGUACAAUAAAAGUCGAUCAAUCGAAUAUUUUUUUUUCUUGGAAAUAAAAAUAAAUUAUCGUAUUUUAAUAUGGCAUGGACUUAAGAUAAAAUAAAAAAGAAAAUUUAGAAUUCGAAUCAAAAGUGUACUUUUACGUAUAUUAUUGAUAAUUAAGAUAUUAGUUUUAUUAAGUGUAAUUUGUGAAUUGUGUUGUACGAAUGUAUAGAUAUUAAUAAUAUGUUGAUUGAAAGGCUGAUCCUUUAGGGAAAAAAUUAUUUACCAUGAAAAUAUUAUAAAAAAAAAAAAAAAAUGAAAAUGAUGAUUAUGAAGAAAAAAAGCCUCCUUUAUUGGCUGUCAUUUUCUUUUUAAAUUGACGGUAAAUAAAGUAUAAUGUGGCGAAAUUAAAAUUAUUUAUAAUAUUAAGGACCUUACCACACACAAGCUAUGUAUAAAGCAUUUGUUAUGUCCUAUAAUUUAUAAUAUGAGAAAUAUAGAUAUCUUUACAUUAAA